AUGGAGCUCCAUAGCACAUUGUGUUUUCUCUUCAUCUUAGUAGUUGCAAUGGUUGUUGAGCCUCCAUGCAUGGUUGCCGGAAGAGUGAUGAUGAAUGACCAGUACGGCUAUUCACCUCCAUUUGAUCAAUCACCCCCAUCUUCUCAAAAUCCACCACCAUGUUCUUGUAGUCCACUGCCUUCUCAACCUACUCCUUUUUUCCAACCUCCACCACCACCACCACCACCACCACCACCACCACCGUCUCUAGGUGAUCAACCUCCACCACCCUUUCAAGGUGAUCAACCUCCACCACCCUUUCAAGGUGAUCAGCCUCCACCACCUUCUGAUCAAGGCAAACAACCACCCCCAUUACCACAAACUCCACCACCAAAAGGGCAUCCAUCCCCACCACCACCUGGACAAACUCCACCAAUAAGCUCACAUACACCACCACCUCCAUCAAUCCCACAAUUACCACCUCCUACAAGAAAUCCACCACCACCAUCUCAACCUCAAACUCCACCAUCAAUUCCAGCCUCACCGCCGCCUCCUUUUGCACGAACUCCACCAACACCACCAGUUGGUACCCCACCACCGCAGCCCGGCACACCACCUCCGAGUGAAUUCCCACCACUACCAUCUCCAGGUCAUGAAACACCAGCACCAACAACCCCACCAAGCUCAUCACCUCCAUCCUGUGGUCAGGGCCCACCAAGUGCUCAACCACCACUCCCGGAACAACCACCACCAACACCAUCAAGUAAUCCACCGCCAACACAAUAUCAACAGCCACCACCGCCCCCCUAUUAUUAUUACCAGCAACCGCCUCCUAAUUAA